AUGACUACACCAUAUGAGAAUACGCGCCUCAAAAGAAUGAUAGAGAAUAAUAAAAAGCUAGAGGCUCUCAAUCUUCCUACACUCUCUCAAUCCCUUAACAAAUCACAUGAGUCUUAUUCCAAACCAUCACCGUCUGUGAAGGGUCGUCCGAAGUUUGUACAACCUGGAGAGCUUGAAGUAAACAAAAAGCGCCUACGUUCAACUACAACUCGCAAAUCAUCAAUAACCCCUCCCCCAAUCAAAACUACAAUAACUUCUCUGUCAAUCCAAACUACAAUAACCCAUCCUCCAAUCAAAACUACAAUAACCCCUCCACCAGUCCAAACUACAAAAGAUGUUGUGGUAGAUUAUGAGGAUGAAGAUGUUGUGGAAGGAGAUGAGACCAAAGAUGAUGUGGCAGGAGUUAAGUUCGAAGAUGUUGUGGUAGGAGAUGAGGCUGAAGAUGUUGUGGUAGGAGAUGAGGCUGAAGAUGUUGUGGUAGACGAGACUAAAGAUGUUGUUAAAGUGGCUAAAUAUGUGUAUUGGGAUGUAAAAGUCAUAAAAGAGGAGGGUAAUGUUUCAAACACAUAUUUAUGUGUGAAAGACUUGGUUGCGAAAUCAGAGCCAGAUGGAACAUGGAUAAUACUUGACUUCGAUAAGGAUCAUUGUGCAAUAGGACAAGCUUCUGAUUUAUUAGUGGCGGAUACAAAAACAAAUUUUUAUGAAUCAAAGAUAAAGCGCCAUUUUCUUGUUGAUGAUGGGCGUGACAAAAAAUUCAUAUUUGCUUUUGCCUCAAAGAAAUCGAGGGAUGCUCGAUCUCAAUUGCGGAAAGAAAAAACACAGAAAUUAGCCCAAAAAAAUGUCGAAAAUAGAGCAAAAUUGAACGCUCCGCAUACACUCGGAUCUAAGUCGUUUGCAAGGAAGAAACAUGACUUGGAAUCGAGAGAUGGACGAACAUACAGUAGAGGAGAAAUGUAUGCAAUUUCUCAUAAAAAGUUUGAUGGGUCUUUUGUCAAUGAAGAUGCAUACAACAAUAAUUGUUAUGUGUCUAAAAAUGAGGCAUUUCAGAAAGUAUUUGGAAAAGAACAACAUGGAUAUGUUCGUAGUGUGGGACUUGGAGCUACGUCAUCUCAAAUUAAUAGAUCUACGAGAUUGGCAUCUUCUUCUGCAGAAAAUGAAAAAAUAAAGGAAAUGCAAGAAGAAAUUAAUGCACUUAAAGAAAAAAAUUCAAAAAUUGACGAAUUGAUGGAGACAGUCACAUUCUUAACGCAAAGGGAUAAUGCUAGGACAAAGGAAAUUGAACUCUUAUUGCAAAUGCAAAAUUCUAGUGGAAGACGGGGAUUGGAAUCACCCGCUGAUGGUAGACGUUCAUCUGAGUCUAGCUACCGAAUUUAG